AUGAGCUCCUACUUUGUCAACCCGCUGUACUCCAAGUACAAGGUGGCGGCGGCGGCGGCGGCGGCGGCGGCGGGGGAAGCCAUCAAUUCCCCGUACUACGACUGUCACUUCGCACCCGAGGUGAGCGGCCGACAAGCCGCUGCCGCCGCCGCCGCUGCCGCCGCCGCUCUGCUCUACGGGAACGGCGCGGCCGCCGCCGGCUUCCCGCACCCCGGGCCCGGCGGGGCGGGGGGCGGCGGCGGAGCGGCCGCGGACUUUUACCAGCCGGCCGGGGGGAGCCCCACGGCCGCCUACCAGCCGCCUCCUCCUCCCCCCGCCGCGCCUCCGCCUCCUGCCCCCUGCAGCGGGGUUACCUGUCACGGGGAGCCCGCUAAAUUUUACGGAUACGAUAACUUACAGAGACAGCAGAUUUUUACGACACAGCAAGAGGCCGAGCUGGUACAAUAUCCUGACUGUAAAUCGUCCAGUGCUAAUAUUGGCGAGGAACCAGACCACUUAAAUCAGAGCUCGUCUCCUGCUCAAAUGUUUCCCUGGAUGAGACCACAAGCAGCGCCGGGUAGGAGGAGAGGAAGACAAACAUACAGCCGAUUCCAGACUCUAGAGCUGGAAAAGGAGUUCCUAUUUAACCCCUAUCUGACCAGGAAGAGAAGGAUCGAGGUGUCCCACGCACUAGGACUCACCGAGAGGCAGGUAAAGAUCUGGUUUCAGAACAGGAGGAUGAAAUGGAAAAAAGAGAACAACAAGGACAAAUUCCCCGCUUCCAGACAGGAGGGAAAGGAAGGGGAGGCCAAAAAGGAAGCACAUGAUCUGGAAGAAGACAGAGCUGAAGGCCAGACGAAUUAAUUUUUUCCCCAAAUGUCUUUGUGCAAGUCAAUCAAAAAUGACCAGGGCUAAAGCCCGACAUCUCGGCUCAUCCACCCCUCUACGUGAUCUGGUCGUGGGACGAGUGACCCCAUGUCCCUCCGUUUGACAUUUCCCUGCUUCGGGUGCUUCACUUGUUUGUGCUUUUAUUUUGUUUAUAAGCGUAUCCAAAACGAUCUCCAGAUUUAACAUUUCAUCAUUAUUUUUUUUCAAAUUUGAUACAGAGUUUGUAGCAAUAAAUUUCUAAUUAUAUAUAAAUAAAUAUAUAUAUAUAUAUUUGCAACCUUAAAAGACGAUGAUUGUGGGAAACGACAUAUACUUCCUAAUAAUAAAUAUCAAUAAGUAAGACAUUUAACAGCGCUUUAUUAAUCAAGACAAGUGCACUUGUACUAUUUUAAUUCUUGUUCUUAUCUUAUGUGGAAUAAAUUAAAUAAAUUUAACAAUC